CACUCUCGUUUAUGGUGUGGUGAAUAUAGCGAAAUUGAAAUAUCGAUCGUUUUAUUAUAUUUUGUGUAUUAAAUUCCGAGUGCCAAAAACUUAGUUUUUCCAAAUUUUUCUCUCAAAAUCGUAAUGACAUUGUGAAUCCACCGACCAAAUUAAAUAUUUUCUACCACAAAGUCCCCAUUAGUUGCCAAUUUGACGAUGGAUUUUUCGACAAUUGAGAAAUCGGUCGCCUGUGCGGGAUCUUCGAUUGAUGCCGCCACUUCGAAAUUAGCGGAGGUGGAAAAUUUAGUGAUAGCGGGCGAUGAAGUGGACACCGAAUCGGUGUUGGAACUGUUGGAAUCAAUGACUGAAGUGAAAAAUGAAUAUAAAAAUCUACGCAAAGACUUGAAAGAGGUGCAACAACUGCAAAAAGAAAUGACAUCAACACUGAUCUACCAAAGGCAAGCUAUGUUACAAACCUUUCGAAUGCUUAAAAAGCGUCUUGAGCUUAAGGCCCUUCAAAAUUGAUACAGAAAUCAAGUGGACGAAUUCCAAUUAAGCUUUCAGUGUUCGUUUGACUCAUUUUUUGUUUCGUUUUUGUAACGUUUUUCCAACUUUUUUUUAAUUUUUGUCCGAAACUUUCGAUUUUUAUUUUUAUUUGAAACUCUAUUAAAUAUGUGUGCGCGCGCUGCUGGAGAUAGCAUUUUAUGAUAAUUAUAAACAAAAUAUACACAAGCAAACAAUGGUCUGAAACUACUUUAUGUGAUUUUUUUUGUUCUAUAAAUGAAAAAUGUUCUAUCUCCCACGACAGCUUGCAGUUGUUUUUGUUUUUCUUUUGGUUUAUUCCUUUGUUCUCCCUAUACUUCAUCAAUCAUCAAAUGUAGCGCCAUUUCAUUGCAUUCGGUCAAAUUGGAAAAGAGAGUCAUUGAAGCUUUCCAAACAACGAAACAACCGUCAAUUUAUAUGGAGUUAAUAGAAGAUCGCCGGUCAAAGCUCU